AUGAGCGAAAGUUCAUCAUCAUCAAGUAGUGACGAUAGUGCUCCUCCAUCGCCCUAUCGUAAUGACGAAUCAAAACCAGGAAUUAAGAGAGAAUUCAGAGAGGAAGACGAGGAACAAGAAGAACAACCUGGUGAUGUCUCUGAAGAUCCAAUUGGUCUUGAAGACAAUCAGGACACACAAGAUACACAAGACACACAAGAAGACGAAGCCGAGAAAUUACGGUCACCUUCACCAUCCAACUUACGCGCAACGGAUGAUUCUGAUGAUGAUGUAUCGCCUAAGAAGAAUAGAGUCCUGAUUGAUUCUGAUGAUGAAGAACCCGAUGAUGGAGGAGAAGCUGUUAGUCCAGAAAAGAAGAAAAAGAAGCACGCAUUCGUAGAGUCAGACGAGAGUGAUGAUGACGAAGAGAGAAAGGAGAAAACACAGAAACUUUUGGGGUCUGACGAUUCGGAUGAUGAAGCAGGAAAAGAAGGAAAGGAACGCUCGGAUGAGGUGGGAGACCUUAUGACUAAUAUAUUCGGUGAUGAUUCCGAUGAAGAAGAAGGAAAUAAAGACGAAGCUGGUCCACAAGAAGAAGAUGACGAUCCAGGAGUCGAAGCAACCUAUAAGGAAGACAGAGAAGAUGAUCCUGGAUUUGAAUGGGAUUUUGACAUUAUGCUCAGAGACAAGAAGGCAGAGAAGAAAAAGAAACGUAGAAGGAGGAAUGAUGGCAUUGACAUUAUAAACGACGACGACGGAGCAAUUGCUGCAAUGGUGGAAGCGAUGAAAGGGGCUACAAAGGAGGAUAGAAUUUCUAACAUGGAGCGAAAACCUGCUCUGCGUAAACGCAGGAUGCUGGCCGAUGUGAAGACCAUGCUUCUGAGGGUGGAUAUGCAAGAAGCUCUCGUUGAUAAUGGAAUGCUAAGCGCUGUGUCGGAUUGGCUCUCUCCACUUCCUGAUAAAAGCUUACCAGCUUUGGAAAUAAGAACAGAGCUUUUGAAGUUGUUGAUGGGCUUCACGAGACUCGAACAGAGUGUGCUGAAACAGUCUGGUCUUGGAAAAGCUGUUAUGAUGCUCUAUAAACAUCCCAGGGAGACGAAGGAUAAUAAAGAAAUGGCUUCUCGUCUUAUCAGAGAAUGGGCUAGACCUAUAUUCCAGCUCGAUACUGAUUUUCGAUCAUUGUCCAGAGAUGAACGCGUUCAACGUGAUUUAGAGCAUAUGCCUAAGGUCAAAAAGAGAAGAAUGAGUACUGAAACUCAGCCAACAAUCAAUCCAGGUUUACUGGAUCCUUUGGACCCAGGAAAACGUGAUGGAGCUGCGGGCGUUAGUGCUGCCGAUAAAGGAAUCAACCGUGCUCGUGUGCCCAGACCUUCUACAAGAGACUAUGUGGUCAGACCUAAGAGUUUAGUAGAAGGAGAAUUCAAGGGGGAGCGGAAAGGUAAAGCAUACACUCGUUUGGAUAAGACGCAGAGGGAAUUCAUGGAAAGGACAAAGAAAAACAAAGCAAAGAGAGCAGUCACCGUCUCCUUAGAAGGACGCAAUUUGGCAAUUUAA